ACAUUCUAAUUCACCUUAGGGGAUGAAAUGUCAGACUUAUGAAUCAAUGUUAUUUUGAAUGUAAUUUUUUAUCACAAAGGACUGUAUAAAAUUGGAGGUAGUUUGAGGAAAAUUGAAAUGCACCAGAAAAGAGACCUUUGAGAAAGUACAGUGCCCUCUCAAUUACAGUUUCACCACAGGGUACGACAACAGCAGCCGUUUUGUGCUCUCAAAUUGUAUUCAAUAUGACAAAACCUGCUUUGGGUGGUACGGUUUUGCCAUUUAAAACAUAUGUUAUUCACGCAGUGCGAAAAGACGAUUCACAAUGUGUAAAUUCUUCUCAAUUGCAGUUUUACCACAGGGGAAAACAGUGCCGUUGCACUCUCAAAUUGCUGUCAUAUAUCCCGCAACCAUGAAACAUAUUUUAUCCGCAUUGAGAGGAAUGUUCAUUUGACUUCCCACCCAUUCAACCUGCCGUCUGAUGUCUUUUCUAGUAGUUUAUGGGUUUAAAUGUUCCAUCUAGAGCCAGAGAAUCUAAGGUAGUAGAUGUUUUCUCUUCCUUCACUCCCUCCCUCUCUUUCUCGCUCUCUCUUCCCCCUCUCCGUGACUCGUGGGUGUUGGGCUGAAAUAGUUUGGUGUAGUUUUACAUUCCUUAUAUAGCCUGUGGAGUAAGAGAGACGUGGAGCGAACCCAUGUCACAAAGAAGGAGGGGAGGGAGUUGAGCUUUGCCAGUGGUGAGAAAGUCAGGCUGUCUUGCAGUGCCAGAUUUCCACUUGGUUUUCUGGAGGUUUGGGUGACAAGUUUGGCCACUGGCAUAAGGCCAUGAAUAUAUAUAGUGUAACGCUCAACGGACCUGCUCCCUGGGGUUUUCGGCUUCAGGGAGGCAAGGACUUCAACAUGCCCCUGACCGUGUCCAGGCUGACCCCGGGUGGUAAGGCGGCCCAGGCCGGAGUGGGUGUUGGGGAUUGGUUGGUGUCCAUCUCUGAUGCCAACGCAGAGGAGAUGACCCAUGUGGAGGCACAGAACAAGAUCAGAGCCGCAAGCGACUCCCUCGCUCUCACUUUGAGCAGAGCUUUUAAUCCUGCUGGAGGAGAGCAGAAGAUGGAAGUUCUUGACAAAGGAGAAGCCUUCUAUGAGGAGUUGUACCCUGAGGGGAAGCACGGUCUGCGGGUGGAAAACACGGCCUGCUUUAUCCCCAACGAUCGCAGUAAGAAGAGACUGAUCCAGGAUACGGAGGAUUGGCAGCCACGCACCGGCACCACCCAGUCUCGCUCUUUUCGAAUCCUGGCCCAGCUCACAGGCACUGACUUCAUGCAGGACCCGGAUGAUGAGAACAUGAAAAGGUCCAGUCACGGAGUAACUCCCUGUCCUGCCAAGUCCAAGCCAGCAGACAAACCUGAUGAAGUUGAAGUGCCAGCUGAAGCACCAGUGAAUUCUGGUCCAGCCUGCCGGCCACCAUGGGUGACGGAUCCCGGUUUUGCAGACCGUUACCAUCCAGACAAGACCAGCACGGUGGUGACGCAGCACCAAAAGCCGGUCCAACCCACUCCCAUGCAGAACCGCAGCUCCAUCAUGCAGGCAGCACAGCAGAACCCUGCCGACUCCAGCGGCCGCACACCGCUCUGCGCCGCAUGCAACAAGAUCAUUAGGGGACGCUAUGUGGUGGCACUUGGUCGUUCCUGGCACCCAGAGGAGUUCACGUGCUGUCAGUGUAAAAGGAUGCUGGAUGAGGGGGGCUUCUUUGAGGAAAAAGGAUCCAUUUACUGUACCAAGUGCUAUGAUAACCGUUACUCACCCAACUGUGCCAAAUGCAAGAAGAAGAUAACUGGGGAAAUCAUGCACGCCCUGAAGAUGACCUACCACGUACAGUGCUUCCUGUGUGCUGCCUGCAAAAUGCCCAUCAGGAACCAGGCCUUCUACAUGGAGGAGGGAGAGCCCUACUGCGAGAGAGACUAUGAAAAGAUGUUUGGUACCAAAUGCCAUGGCUGUGACUUCAAGAUUGAUGCAGGAGACCGUUUCCUUGAGGCGCUGGGCUACAGCUGGCAUGACACUUGCUUUGUCUGUGCCAUCUGUCAAAUCAAUCUGGAGGGGAAGACGUUCUAUUCAAAGAAGGACAAGCCACUAUGUAAGAGUCACGCUUUCUCUCCGGUGUGAGGCUCCGCUGUUCGUCAAGGAGGGGCCGGAACGGAGACUGGGGGGUCUAUAGCUAUGCCAAACAAGACCAAGUACUUUACUUGAAGCCUGUAACAUAUGGCUGACUGACAGAGUGAUGGAUAUAGUAGCUCCGCUGGCUUUCACCGGCUGUUAUAGCAGCUUCGAUCAGCAUUUACUAAGUAUGUGUCAUUCAGCAAAGCACGGACCUGAAUUUUUGGUAGCUUGCUACAGUAAGCCGACAGACUGGCCUCAGUUUUGCUGUGUUACGAUGCCAGUCAUUCAACUGGAUACAGCUUGUGAACUGUUACAACCACCGAUGCCAGAUGUCGGAAUGGAUAACAAGGUAUUUGGAUGAAGUAUUUUAGCUGUCCCUCCUCAUCCCACUCCACCUCCAAAAGUACACCUGCAGUAUUCGUCAAUCCAAAGAACAUAGUACGCUCUUAUACUGCUCCCUUUGAUUUCACUUGUUAGAUAUUCGUAUUCGUCAGUUUGGCAUCUGAGUGAAUCUCACAAAACAUAUCAUGUUCACAUUACACCACAUUUUAUAUUGCAUAAAGAAUAUGGCUUAACCAUAUGUAAGAAUAAGAUUUUUUUUUUUUUGGUGCCUAUUUCCUUGACAGCUGAGCACAUUUUCCCAUUCUAAUGCUAUUCUAAUUACUCUAAUGCAAAAAUAAAUAAAAAUGUGUAAAGAAUUUCUAUGUCAUAAUGGUAUUUGUUGUACUGCCUUUAUGCUGAUUUGAAUACAGUAAAAUGAUUAUAUAUAUAAUAAAACUAUCUAUAGUAAAAUAUCACCAAUAAAAAUAAAGGGAAUUACAAAAAACAAAAACGUGAUUAGCAUGAAAAUAUUGUCACUCUAAAAAAAAAAAAAAAAAAAAGAAAAAUAUGAAAAAUAUUUUUCUUGAUUUAAUUUUCUUGUAAAAUGUGACUUUUUUUGUGAGAUUUGCUCAUCUCAUCUGCACUCGGAUGCAUAUUUAGCAUUCAAAAUUCUAUCCACUCUUGUCACAAAUAAGGACAAAGCAUUUCCCAUGUAAUCUAGUUGUAUUCCGAUCCAUACAAUCCUUUUUGUAGGCUAAAGCAUUGAGCAUGUGAUCUACUCAGACAGGAUCUUAAAGUGGCCCCUCAAUCCUCUAGAUGCUGUGCAGCCUACUUUUUUGCUCUGCCUGAUUUGCUGUGCCAGGGUACUUAAGGUAAUGGCAAACCACAGAGGAAUAGAACGCCCCUGGCAGCUACACUGAAAUGCAUUAGCACUGAUUGCAUGCGUUUCAUCCUGACCCAAGCAAUGGUCUCUUCAUGGCUUCAAUACUAAAUACACCACAUUCAUCUGUUCUAAUCAGACAGGUAGUUCUAAUUAAGGAAGGGUUUGUGAUACCAUAAAAAUGCUCUGCGUUAGUGCAAAUGGAUCCUGCAAUAUUAUAUGGCCAGAUUCACUUGGAGCCUUUGUUCAUGUUGUUUGUAUAUGCUAUGUUAUUUAAAGCUCUGUGGCCAUUUUGGUGGAUUCCGUACGCUAGUGAGCAAAGUGCAUGUGUGCCAAAGGUUUUGAGCAAUCCUGUUUAUGGAUAUCACUGAUUUUUGCAUAAUCUUAUGGCAUUUCCAAACAUACUGGCUCUUCUUUAGAAACUACAUACUAGAUGCUUCCCAGAACAUCAUUCCCUUAUCGCAAUCUCCUGGACUCUAAUCUGAAGAACUGCAACACUCCAAUAUCCUACUCUUAGAAAGCUAUAUAUAUUUGAGCCAACAGCUCAAUUUUUUUUACUUUCUUGUAUUGACAAUGUGUUGCGUAUUAACUAUCAAGUGCUUUUUUUUUUAUAGCUUUGCAGCCUUUAACUAUUGUGUGUGUCACUCAGAACGAUAAACUGCUGUAUUCCUGUGCAUAUUAUAGAGAGGUUUUCUGUCAAAUGAUGCAAAUCAUUUAGAAAGAAAUUGUGCUAGAGACAUUUAGUCAAUAAAUCACCUGCAGUCA